AUGUGCCGUUUGUAUGCGCGUAUUGGUUUACCAUUGGAGUUUAUUACGAUCGAAUGCAUUGCAGCACCCGUUAGCAGAUACGUUGAUCCACCGGUUCGUGUGAUCGGUCACGACUAUCGACGAGAGAGGGAUUUAAGCAGUUUGUCAGAAGCGGAAAUAAAUGAUCAGAAACAAAGAUUGAUGACUCCAAUAGAGCCGAGAGUCGACAAGAAAUGGGUGGAUGAAUUGAAGCGUCGCAAAUGUUUUGGAUUAGAGUAUUUCAUUGCUGCAUUAAUUAGUAGAGGUGCAGUGGUAAAAGAUCAAAUUUUGAGAUCUGAAGAACGAAAAGAUGGAUUUAUGCGCAAGAUAUUGAAGAAUUUUGAUCAUGAUCGAGAGGUUACACUCGAGACAUUGGAGCGUCUGUUGAAUGCGAUUGAUGAGAGACGUGAAACACCGUCAUUACUGGCAACCUUCGAUUCGAUAAAAGAGAAUCUACAAUCACACCCAGAUGAUCUGACGAAAAUAUAUGAGAAGGAGAAACAAGGCGAUUACAGACGUGUGAGGAAGGUAGUGCUGACACCUACGAGAAUGUUGUUGGUUGUGCCUGAAUUGUUGAUGGGAAAUCGUGUGCUGCGAAAAUUCGAUGGGACUGGUGAUAAGGCGUUGCGAAUUCAGUUCAGAGACGAUAACGGUGAGGCACUGAAACUCAACCAAGUGGGACAGACCAUCAUUAAUGUGACCGUUCAUAACACCAUGAGAAGAGGCAUCUAUAUCUCCGAUCGACAUUUCAUCUAUUUGGCGUCAUCAAACUCGCAAAUGCGCGAUAGCGGAUGUUACUUUUUUGAUGAAGGCGAAGAUGGAAAACAAGUGGAGGAAAUUCGUAACCAGCUAGGUAUUUUUAACAAAUCGAACAUACCGAAACUGAUGGCACGAAUCGGACAAUGCUUCACACAAGCGAAGUUGCGCCAUAAGCAUUACAAUCAAACGUUCGAUAUAAUCGGUGGUCGUGAUACGAGCGGUGAGCCGUACACGUUUUCGGAUGGUUGUGGACGAAUAUCGGUGAAGUAUGCAGAGGAUAUCGCCUCGGAUUUGGACCUCGGCAACUGUGUACCGAGUUGUUUUCAGAUUCGAUUCCGUGGCAUCAAAGGUGUUGUAUCGGUGGAUCCUUGGCUAUCCGACCGAACGGAGUGGUCUCAGAAAUACUCGGUCCCGGAUAAUAGGGAGAAAUAUAAAAGGAAGAAUAAACUGCGCGUUCACUUCAGACCAUCUCAGAAUAAAUUUCAUGGAUCAGUAGAGAUGUAUAUCGAAAUAGUCAAAUAUUCAAGCCCAACCGGAGUAUGCUUGAAUCGACCGUUCAUCGCCAUUCUUGAUCAGGUGAGUGCUAUGCAAGGUUAUAAAUUACACUGUCGAAUGACUGAUCGCAUUUGUGAGUUAUUGGAUAGGCAGUUAAUGGAAUUGGCCGAGGCACUGAUGCUCGAGAAUAGGUAUGUUAACAUUGUUCUUAUGAAACUGUUAUUGUUCUCGUGA